UUAGGAUAUCGGAACUCGGAAGCAACAAGCAAUGAAACUUGCAGAAACUAACUUAGCAACACUUCAAUGGCAAUAAACUACACUUCAAUUUUUCAUUACACUUAAAACAUGCUUCACGCUCCACUACAAUCAUCGCUUCUCUUCGUUUCCUUCUUAGGGUUUCUUAUUCUUCUUUCCAUAAUCAAAAUCCCUUGCGUUCGCGGAGAGUCUUCCACCUGCUUGACGGUUUACAGAAACGGCGGUGCUCCCGCGGUCUUUAAAUCCCCGAAAUGUCCCCGAUGGAAGCUUCCCGAAGGCCAAGGUGAAGACGACGAUUCCGAUUACCACCGUAGUCGCCGAUCUCCGCCUCAUGCGACGCCGCGUUGCCAGUCCGCCAUGCUCCAGGGCAGCCGUUCCUCCCAGGAGGACCGCACUCUCUGCGUCCUCGAUCUCCGGAUUCCGUUUCCCGAUGCGGAUGGGAUCAGGGAGGUUGCGGUGGGACUCGUGGCAGUUUUUGACGGGCACAAUGGUGCUGAAGCUAGUGAAAUGGCGUCAAAGCUUCUGAUGGAGUAUUUUGUAUUGCACACCUAUUUUUUACUUGAUGCAGCUUUUUCUGUUAUAUCAAAAACAAGGGGAGCAGUGCAUCACCAGAGAGAGCACAAUCGUUUGAACAUGAUGCGUAGGUGGAAGGAGAUUCUAGGUUGGCAUGAGCUGCAUUUUGAAAGGUUCCAAAAUACAUUUUCUGCAAAUUUUGAUGAUUCUUUUCACUUGGAAAUUUUGAAGGAAGCAUUAUUGAGAGCUAUCCAUGAUAUUGAUGCAAAAUUUUCUGAGGAAGCCUUCAGAAAUAGUCUUCAUUCAGGGUCUACGGCAAUCAUUAUAUUGAUGGCAGAUGAUAACAUUUUAGUUGCCAAUAUUGGAGAUUCUAAGGCUUUCUUGUGCUCUGAAAAUUUUCAGUCUCCUAGAGAGGCCAAAGACUUAUUACUGAAGCAAUAUAGGCAGAAAGAGCUUGAUGGUUCUGUUGCUGUGUGGAAUCGUGAAAAGUAUAAGUUAGCUUCCUCCCAUGGACUGACUCAUUUUGCUGUAAAAGAAUUGACCAGUGAUCAUCACCCAGACAGAGAUGAUGAAAGGAUUCGGGUGGAAGCAGCUGGUGGGCAAGUUAUAAAUUGGGGGGGAGUGCCUCGUGUAAAUGGCCAGCUGGCUAUUACACGGGCAAUUGGUGAUGUAUUCUUUAAAAGGUACGGUGUUAUAUCUGUGCCAGAAGUGACUGAUUGGCAGCCUCUGACUGCCAAUGAUAGCUAUUUAGUGGCUGCAUCCGAUGGUGUUUUUGAGAAGAUGAGCAUGAGUACGGAUAAUGUGGCCGCCAUUGUUGUUCCUCUGGAAUCUGCCAAAGUUUCUGCAAACUCGCUUAGGAGAAGCUAUAUUGAGAAGAGGGAUGCUGAUUAUCCUCUGCUUGCAUUGCAGGAACUUGCUUCAAGAAGUUUAGCUAAUGACGUCAUAUCUGAUGUAAUGCACUUGAGGCAUCCUCAUGCGGUGGAUACCAAGUUUAAGCGUAUAUUGGUUGAAGUGAAACAUGGAGAUUUUGGAUGUUUUUAUUUGUCUGAAAAUCUUGAUGAACUUGUGGACUCUAAGCAGCCUACCAAAAGUACUGACUGGGAAGAUUAUUUAUAUGAACUACCUCAGCCUGUACCAGAUACACAUCAACAUUCUGUAAAUGGUCCAGUAUAUUUGUAUGAUAACCAAAACUUCUGCUUACAACUUGGUCCGACUGUUAAUGAAUCUAAGGAACAAUGCAUAAAUCCUGAAGCAUUUGCAAAUUUUAUUGGUCUUCUUGAAUCAAUUCCUUUACAUGAUACUGGUUCACAUAAUGGAUCCUCUGGUUAUUCAAUGCCUGAAUCAAGGUACAAACUAAAGAAGAGUUUCGGUCGUGGAUCAUAUGGUGAAGUAUGGUUAGCUUUUCAUUGGAAUUGUAAUGAAGGGAUUAAUGCUGCAGAAAUGAGCAACAAUGACAAUAAUAGAAACGACAGCUCAAACACCAAUGAUUUCCAGGAUGCUUCCACUAACUAUACUCUGUACAUUUUGAAGCGUAUAAUGGUAGAGAGAGGGUCUGCUGUUUACUUAAGUGGCCUGAGGGAGAAAUAUUUUGGAGAAACUUUUUUAAAUGCCUCCUCAAGCUUUGAAGAUCUGCUAUCAGCUGAAAAACCAAACUGUCUCUUGGAAACAUCACAAUUUGGGUUUGAGAAUACAUUUUCAAACAGGUCAAAAAGAUCUGUAUAUGAAGAAGGCUUGAACCAUAUUGUAAGAUAUGUGGAGUCUUUUGAAUCUCGGUCCAAUGAAAUUUGGCUUGUAUUCAGUUUUGAAGGCGUAUCGUUGUCUAAACUUUUGCAUACUGUGGAAGAUCCAUAUGAUACUGCUGAGAAAGAAAAGACUGAGCAAGUAAAACAUGUCCAAAUACUGCGUCCAUCGAAGUGGUGGCAUUGGUUGAAAACAACAGAAGAAGGGCAAGAGGAAAUGCGCAACCUUAUCUGGCAGCUGUUUCUGGCGCUGAAAUCAUGUCACGAUCGCAAUAUUACACACAGGGACAUUAAACCUGAAAAUAUGGUGAUAUGCUUUGAAGAUCAGGAGACUGGAAGAUGUUUGAAAGAUAUACCGACUAAACUAAAUAGUUUCUCCACCAAAAUGCGUGUUAUAGACUUUGGCAGUGGAAUUGAUGAAUUCACAUUGAAGCAUUUAUAUGGUUCAACUGGGCCUUCUAGGGCUGAACAAACUUAUGAGUAUACACCUCCUGAAGCUUUGCUAAAUGCUACGUGGUAUCAAGGCCCAACAAGCUCAACUUUGAAAUAUGACAUGUGGAGUGUUGGUGUUGUAAUGUUAGAGUUGGUCUUAGGGACACCAAAUGUUUUCCAGAUCGAUGCUUUAACACAAACUCUUUUGGACCAGCAUCUUGACGGCUGGAAUGAGGGUGUGAAGGAGCUGGCUUACAAACUCAGAUCAUUCAUGGAAUUGUGUAUCUUAAUCCCUGAGAUAUCCAGAAGUUCCUCAAAAAAGUAUCACACAGCUAACCAGGCUGGCGUUUCACCUGCAUCUUGGAAAUGCUCGGAAGAAUUCUUUUCUCAUCAAAUAAAGAGCCGAGAUCCUCUUAAAAUAGGUUUUUCAAAUAUCUGGGCGUUGCGGUUAGUGCGCCAUCUGUUACAGUGGGACCCAGAGGACCGGAUAAGCGUUGAUGAGGCAUUGCAGCAUCCCUAUUUCCAACCUCCCCCGAGAGGAUGAUUUGUUGGGAAACAACUUCAAAAUAUUCAAUCUAGAGGAUGAAACAUCCUUUGUUUCCUAUCACUGACCCAUCCAACGGAAAUAGAUGAUGGUGCAAGAAGAAGAAUUGUGCAAAUACAUAAACGAUGUUCAUGUAUCAACCCUGACAAAAGGACGACUAAAAGCCAGAAUGACUACUAACAGGUACGAAAAUCAUUUUGUGCUUAUCAUACUUCUGUAUUGUACAUUGAGACAUAGACAAGAUUGUUUUCUUGAGAUAUCUAGUUUUGGAUGAAGCAAAAUUAUGGAUAAAAGGAAUUUACAAUAGAGGUAUGGUGGCUGCAUACAAAGUUAUGGUGGCUGCAUACAAAGUGUUGUAUAAUAUGAAUAUUACGGUAAGAGAUGAGAAGAGUAGGAAAGUAAAAAGAGAAAAUUUCAAUCAGAAAGCGUAACCACCAGUGUCACCCGUAUCCUUUAUUUAUAGGCUAUUGAGUUCAAUAGAAUACUAAUGGUAUUGACAGUGAGAGGAAUUACGAUCAUUUACCUUAAUAUGAUA